UUAAGUCAUGAUGCAAGAAUCUGGGACGGAGGCGACGAGUAACGGUUCAGCCAGUCAGAACGGGGCGAGCGGCGAGGCGGCCGCCAGGGACGGGCGGCUCAAGAGCAACACGCCGUCCGUGGAAGUCAGCGCCGGCGACCUCAUGCACCUCCAGCAGCAGCAGGCUCUACAAGUUGCCAGACAGAUACUUCAUCAGCAGCAGCAGCAGCAACAACAGCAGCAGCAGCAGCCGCCAAGCGGCGUCCUCAAGUCCCCCAAGGCCAGCGAGAAGGCGCCCAUCUCACAGGUUCCAGUAUCAGUGGCUAUGAUGACCCCCCAGGUGAUAACUCCACAGCAGAUGCAGCAGAUCCUCCAGCAGCAGGUCCUGAGCCCUCAGCAGCUCCAGGUUCUCCUUCAACAGCAGCAGGCCCUCAUGUUGCAGCAGCAGCAACUUCAAGACUUCUACAAGAAGCAGCAGGAACAGCUACACCUUCAGCUCCUCCAGCAGCAGCAGCAGCAGCAUGCUGGGAAGCAGACUAAGGAGCAGCAGGUGUCAGCCCAGCAGCUGGCCUUUCAGCAGCAGCUCCUCCAGGUCCAGCAGCUCCAGCAUCAACAUCUUCUGAACCUGCAGAGACAGGGGCUUCUGUCCAUCCAGCCUGGCCAGCCUGCCCUGCCACUGCACUCUCUCACUCAGGGCAUGAUUCCAGCUGAGCUUCAGCAACUCUGGAAGGAGGUCACGGGUGGGCAUGUGAAGGACGAGAACCACAGCAGCAGCCAGACCAGCCUGGACCUGUCAUCGCCAGUGCCCCCCAAAAAUCCGCUGCUCAACCAGCACACGCCCUCCAACGGCCAGUACAUGGCACACUCGCUCAAGAGAGAGAGCUCCACAGUGGACGACCACCCCCAACACAGUCACCCGCUCUACGGACAUGGAGUGUGCAAGUGGCCUGGGUGCGAAGCCGUGUUCGACGACUUCCAGUCGUUCCUCAAGCACCUUAACAACGAGCAUGCGCUCGACGACAGGAGCACGGCGCAGUGUCGUGUGCAGAUGCAGGUUGUGCAGCAGCUGGAGCUCCAGUUAGCGAAGGACAAAGAACGUCUGCAAGCCAUGAUGACUCACCUACAUGUCAAGUCCACGGAGCCCAAGGCCACCCCACAGCCACUGAAUCUGGUGUCCAAUGCCACCCUCUCCAAGACAGCCCCAGAAGCAUCACCACAAAGCUUACCUCAGACCCCAACCACACCCACUGCUCCCCUCACACCGCUAACCCAAGGCCCCUCCGUCAUCACCCCCAACAGCCUGCACAGCGUUGGGCCAAUGAGGAGACGCUACUCAGAGAAGUACAACAUGCCCAUUUCCCCAGACAUCGCUCAGAACAAAGAGUUUUAUAUGAAUGCUGAAGUAAGACCUCCAUUUACGUACGCCUCGCUAAUACGGCAGGCUAUCCUGGAAUCUCCAGAAAAGCAGCUAACACUAAACGAAAUCUACAACUGGUUCACACGGAUGUUCGCAUAUUUCAGACGCAAUGCAGCCACAUGGAAGAACGCGGUCCGGCAUAAUCUUAGUCUUCACAAGUGUUUUGUGCGAGUAGAGAACGUUAAAGGGGCAGUGUGGACAGUGGACGAGAUAGAGUUCCAAAAGAGAAGGCCACAAAAGAUCAGCGGAAGCCCUGCCCUGGUGAAGAAUAUACAGACUAGUCUGGGAUAUGGUCCAGCCCUCUCUGCUGCCUUUCAGGCUUCGAUGGCAGAAAACAACAUACCUCUUUACACUACUGCUUCCAUCGGAAGUCCCACUCUCAACUCGUUGGCCAACGCGAUCCGGGAGGAGCUCAAUGGGGCGAUGGACCACGGGAACAGUAACGGCAGUGACAGCAGUCCUGGCCGUUCCCCUCUGCCAGCUACGCAUCAUAUUAACGUUAAAGAAGAACCAUUGGACCCCGAGGAACACGAAGGUCCGUUGUCCCUAGUAACGACAGCCAACCACAGUCCAGAUUUUGACCACAACAGAGAUUAUGAGGACGACCAGGGUAACGAUGACAUGCAAUAGGCCGGUCUUCCCCUGUCCUUCGGAGAGGCAGAACUAACUCAGAUUUGUCUGUGCAGUCUUUCCACAGAUAAAAAAAAAAAAUAAGGCUGGAUUCUCAGUCUCCUGUUGACAGCUAUAAAAAUGUUUCUAUUGACUUUUAGUGCCAUUAAAUACAGAAAAAAUACAUUGAAAAAAGUCCC